UCUCUUCUUUGUUUACUCUUCUCACAUUAAACAACAACAAAGUUUAGUUUCAUGGCUGACAUGCAAGACAACAUUUGCAAUGUUGAGGAAUAUUGUAAGGAGGAAACAAACAACAGAAGAGGCAUGAGAAGUGAAGAUGAAGAAGAGAACAUAAUAGUAAACCCACAGUUUGAGGAUGGAUUGAACAACUGGUCAGGAAGAGGGUGCAAGAUCCUAGUGCAUGACUCAAUGGGAGAUGGCAAGGUGGUGCCGAUGACCGGCAAGGCUUUCGCAUCGGCGACGGAGAGGACGCAGAACUGGAAUGGAAUUCAGCAGGAUGUGAGUAGCAGUGUGCAGCGCAAGCGUUUGUAUGAAGUCACUGCAGUUGUUAGGAUCUUUGGUUCCUCUGGUCCUGCAGAUGUUAGGGCAACCAUUUGGGUUCAAGGUCAAAAUGGACGUGAACAAUACAUUGGCAUUGCUAAUACACAAGCAACAGAUAAAGAUUGGGUGAAAUUACAAGGAAAGUUUCUGUUGAAUGGUGUAGCUUCAAAAGCAGUGAUUUACAUUGAAGGUCCGCCACCUGGUACUGAUAUUCUCCUCAAUACUCUCCUUGUCAAACAUGCCCCUAAACUCCCUCCUUCUUCCCCUCCUGAUUUCCAGGAUGUGGAGUUUGAAGUGAAUAUACUUGAAAACAGCAAGCUCAGUGACAACCUGAAUGGAUGGUUUCCUCUUGGUCCAUGCACUCUAAGCAUUGCCAAUGGCUCACCACAUGAACUUCCUCCAAUGGCUAGAGAGUCAUUAGGCACACAUGAACCCCUACAUGGCCGUUAUAUAUCGGUCACUAAUCGAACCCAAACAUGGAUGGGUCCUGCUCAAACAAUCACAGACAAGUUGAAGCUUCACUUGACAUACCAAGUUUCCGCUUGGGUUCGUGUUGCUUCGGCGAAGACCGGUCCGCAGAAUAUCAAUGUUGCUCUUGGUGUUGAUAGUCAGUGGGUGAAUGGUGGUCAAGUUGAAGCAGUUGAUGAGAGGUGGUAUGAAGUUGCAGGAUCAUUCAGGAUUGAGACUCAACCUUCUAGAGUUAUUGUUUAUGUUCAAGGUCCUUCUCCAGGGGUUGAUUUAAUGGUUGCAGGUUUGCAAAUCUUUCCUGUUGAUAGGAAAGCAAGAUUCAAGCAUUUGAAGAAUUUAACAGAUAAGGUUCGAAAACGGGAUGUUAUUCUGAAGAUAUCGGGACUGGACACUAAGAACUUCUGCGCAGAUAUCGGGAAUGUAGUGAAAGUGAGACAGAUAAAGAAUAGUUUCCCAAUCGGGACGUGCAUUAGCCGAUCGACAAUAGACAACGAAGACUUUGUCAGUUUCUUUGUGAAGAACUUCAACUGGGCGGUGUUCGGGAACGAGCUGAAAUGGUACUGGACUGAAUCACAGCAAGGGCAACUCAACUAUGCCGACGCCGAUGAACUACUAGACUUUUGCAAUAAAAAUGGGAUACAAGUCAGAGGGCAUUGUAUUUUCUGGGAAGUUCAAUCUGUAGUUCAGCCAUGGGUGCAGAAUUUGAACAAAAAUGAUCUAAUGAAUGCGGUGCAAAACAGACUCAAUAGUCUUCUUACAAGAUACAGAGGCAAAUUCAGACAUUAUGAUGUUAACAAUGAAAUGCUUCAUGGUUCAUUCUUUCAAGAUAGGCUUGGAAAUGACAUUAGAGCCUCAAUGUUUAAAACUGCACAACAGAUUGAUCCUUCUCCAAUCUUGUUUGUGAAUGAUUAUCAUGUUGAGGACGGAGUUGACACAAGAGCAACUCCUGAGAAGUAUAUAAAACAGAUACUUGAUUUACAAGAACAAGGAGCACCAGUUGGAGGGAUAGGAGUACAAGGACAUAUAGACAAUCCAGUUGGUCCAAUAGUUUCUGCAGCGUUGGAUAAACUUGGGACACUAGGACUACCUACAUGGUUCACCGAAAUGGAUGUAUCAUCGUCAAAUGAGUUUAUUCGAGCCGAUGACUUGGAGGUCAUGCUUCGUGAAGCUUACGCGAAUCCCUCGGUGGAGGGAGUUAUGCUUUGGGGUUUCUGGGAGCUGUUCAUGAGGGACAAUGGUCAUUUGGUUGAUGCCGAAGGUGAGGUUAAUGAAGCCGGAAAGCGGUUUCUAGCUCUUAAGCAUGAGUGGCUGUCUCAUGCUCGUGGUUCUAUCGACGAUCAAGGAGAGUUCAAGUUCAGAGGUUUUCCAGGAACUUAUGGUAUUGAAAUUGAUACAUUGACCAAGAAGUUCACUAAGAUGUUCACUGUUGACAACGGUGACUCCCCUUUGGAGGUUUCCAUAGAGCUAUAAAAAUGCCUAUCAAUGUUAUAUGAAUAUAUGUAUGAAUGAAUGAUCAUUACAUAUCUAUAAUAAAUGCCAUCAUUUGAUGGAUUAAUUCUGA